AUGCCUACCCUCCAAGCUAUCACUCUGGCUGUCUUCAGUAGUCUACAAGUAGCUGCUGCAUCAGGCUACCCAAAGGCUGAAGAAGUCAAGCUACGUGCAGAGUACGAUUACGUGAUUGUUGGAGCAGGCGCUUCAGGUCUCACUGUUGCAAACAGAUUAACUGAAGAUCCCGCUGUGACCGUGCUCGUCAUUGAAGCUGGUGAUUUCGACAACAAUGAAGACUUCAUGACUAUUCCCGGUCUUGCUGGCGGAGCAGUCGGAACUAAAUACGACUGGGCACUUGAGUAUCCUGCAAGUGAGUCUUUGAACGGUCGCAACAUCUCAGUCCCCUUAGGCAAAGUAGUCGGAGGAUCGACGAAGCUGAACCGCAUGGUCUAUGAUCGAGGAUCAAAGUCCGAUUACGAUCGCUGGGCUGAGCUCGGCAACAGCGACUGGCAGUGGAAGUCUCUACUGCCUUAUUUUAAGAAAAACGAGAAGUUCACUCUGCCUACAGCUGAGAUCAAGAGAAAGUAUGGAGUUACUGUUGAUCCUUCUGCUCAUGGAUCUUCCGGCUUCAUCCACUCCACUUACUCGCCAUUUUUCUGGCCCACUACGAAGAACUUCGCCCAGGCUGCAGAGGAACUCGAUAUCAGCAUUUCUGUCGACCAAGCGAACGGCAACGCUAUCGGAGGAUACUUCUGUCCUCACAACAUCAACCCCAAAACCGUCGCGCGCUCUUCUGCGCAAGACUACUACAGUGCUGUCUCUAGCCGCAAGAAUCUCCAGCUACUCUCAGGUCACCAGGUUACACGUGUUCUCACCAAGAAAAGCGGAAAUUCUGUCACAGCUACCGGAGUUGAGUUCGCAAAGAGCAAAGAUAGUAAGAGGAACAAAGUCAAAGCAAAGAAGGAGGUCAUUCUUGCUGCUGGCUCAAUCCACACUCCUCAGAUCCUUCAGGUCUCUGGCAUUGGUGACCCUGCUUUGUUGUCCUCUAUCGAUGUUCCUGUCGUUGUUGAUCUUCCUGCUGUUGGUCAAAACUUCCACGACCAUGUUCUUCUCGCAGUUAUCAGCACCAUCAACGCACCUCUACAAACUGGUAACCUGACCAGCAACGCCACCUUUGCAGCUGAAGCCCGCGCUCAAUAUGACAGCCAAAAGAAGGGACCUUACACUUCUCCCACCGGAGACUUCCUGCUUUUCAUGCCUCUUUCGAACUACACAAGCUCUGCUUCGGCCAUUUCCAAGAAGGCCAAAAGCCAAGACGGCUCCAAAUUUCUGCCCUCGGGUACUCCCUCCGAGGUUAUUAAGGGUUACAAGAAGCAACAAAAGGUUCUCAAUGACAAGCUGCUCGAUACAAACUCUGCUAUGCUCGAGAUCAUCUGGAGUGAUGGCGCUGCAAUUCUGGGUCUUCAGCACCCAUACUCUCGCGGAUCUGUCAAGGCCAAAUCUUCCAACAUCUUUGAUUCCCCUGUAGCCAAUCCUGAGCUUUUGAAGAACCCUCUUGACGUCCAGCUACUCGUUGAAGGCGUCAGAUUUGCCCGAAAGCUCUCUGGUUCACCUUCAAUCAAGGCUCUUAGUCCCUUGGAGAUAGUUCCUGGUGCCGGCGUGACCAGCGAUAGCGAUAUUGAAAAAUUUGUUCGCUCAAGUGCUUCAACUCUCUUCCAUCCAGCUGGAUCCUGCAAGAUCGGCAGCCGCAGCGAGGGCGGUGUAGUUGACCAAAAGCUUCGCGUGUACGGCGUUUCUGGUCUGAGGAUUGUUGAUGCUAGUAUCAUGCCUCUUUUGCCCGCAACCCACACCAUGACCACUGUAUACGCCAUGGCCGAAAAGGCUGCCGACUUGAUCAAGCAGGGCUAA